AUGGAGAAUCCUACUGGGAUGCAUCUCAAGGCAGUUAAGAGAAUCUUUCGAUACUUAAAAGGAACAUCUGAUUUUGGUGUUCUUUACAAAAAAGGUGAAAAAGCAAUUUUCUUUGGCUUCACUCACAUUGAUUAUGGAGGGGAUAUUGAUGAUCGAAAGAGCACUUCUGGGCAUGUGUUUUUAAUAAGUUUAGGUGUUGUUUCGUGGUCUUUAAAGAAGAAGCAGAGUGACACUAUCCACAACUGA